UUUUGUUUAUAUUUACUUUUACUACAAUAUUUAUGUUGAGCGGUGUCUAGUAAAUUAUUUCACUUCUGUUCAUAUUAAAAACAUUUUUCUUAACAUUUGGACCGAAAGUAGGGUAUUUGUAAUGCCAGCGCCUACACUUGUUUGCGGUUAUAGAGAGCUUAAGUCCAUACAUACAUAUGUACAUAUAUGCAAUUAUGAGCAAUAAAAAAUGUAAAGCCAAAGUAACGCGAAGAGUAUGCGCUCAGCGCAUCGUACUGAAUCACACAUACCACGCCGACCACGCGGAACACGUCGCAGCGAACGCGAAUAUCAGCCGAGAUGCCAGAAAUGGGGCCCGUUCUGAAGCGUUGGCAGCGGAGCUUCAAUACAAAUUCGCCAGAGAGCAUAAAAGCAGUCGCUUGCUUUGUUUUGAUAACACCGGUACGCGUUGGUUGGUUUUCGUCUCGAUUUUUGUGUGUUGUGCUCUGCUGUGGUUUGGCGUGGCGUGGCGUGGCGUUGUGUUGUGUUUGCUUUGUUUGUUCGCGCAAAACAAAUCCGAAAAGAAAAACGCGAAAAGUACGCGUUCAAUUAAUUAAACAUAAAUAUAUGUAUUGUAUUUACAGUGUAAAACUAAGCUUAAAGUGAUAAACAACUUGUAGUUUUCUACUUGAAAAAGCUCCCUUAAAUUGCAUUUACGAACUUAAAAGAAACCUUCUCUAGAAAAAAGCAUAUAAAUAAAGUGUUUUUGUAGCUCGCUCGUCAAGCUCAUUUCGUGGCAGUGUGUGAAUUAUGGUGGACUCCACCACCGUGCUGCUUGUAUUCGUCACACUGCUGACGGCUGUGUUCAUUUGGUCGCGACGUACAUAUGUUUACUGGCAGCGCAGACGCGUCAAAUUUGUACAGCCCGUACAUCUGCUGGGCAACUUGAAAGACGUACUCUGGCUGCGUACAUCAUUUCCCUUGUUGUUGCGCGACUACUAUUUCGAUCCGCUCUUUAAAGAUGAGCCGGUCGUUGGCAUUUACUUGUUCCAUCAGCCAGCAUUGCUGAUACGCGAUCUGAAUUUGCUGGGCACCAUUCUGGUCGAAGAUUUCGUCAGCUUCUCUACGCGAUUCUCCAAAUGCGACAAGCGUGUGGACAAGUUGGCGGCAAAUAGUUUAUUCUUUGUACGUAAUCCGGAAUGGCGUGAGAUACGGACGCGUUUGUCGCCGGUCUUCUCCAGCGGUAAGAUCAAGCAGAUGUUUGCACUCAUGGAGGAGGUGGGUUGUGAUCUCGAGGCUUACCUGCAGCGCCUCACUGCUAACGGCGCAACACGACGCAAUGUUGUAGUGAAUGUGAAGGAGAUUUGCGAUCUCUACAACACAGAUCUCAUAUCCAGCAUCGCUUUCGGCCUGCGCUCGUAUAGUCUGCGCAAUAAACAAACCGAACUUGGCAGCCGUUGUCGUGAGGCGUAUACACUCACCUUUCGACGCGUCAUUGACUUGUGUGUGAUAUAUUUUUUGCCCAAGUUUGUCUCGCUGCUGCGGCGCAAUCUGCUCGCGCCGGCGCAUGCGGACUUCUUGCGACGUACUGUGUUGCAAGUUAUUGAAGAGCGCGAACGAAACGGCGUGAUGCGUAAUGAUCUCAUCGAAAUGUUGUUGACACUAAAAAUGGAAGCGGCGCUCAAUCAAGAUCGCACACAUUUCUCACAUCAACAAGACUAUUUGGUUGCACAGGCGGCUAUGUUCGAACUCACCGGCAUAGAGAGUUGCGCCUCCACUAUGAGUUUUGCCCUCUAUGAGCUCGCGAAACAACCGCUGUUGCAGGCGCGCCUGCGCUCGGAGAUUAGACAGACUAUAGGUACGGCUGAACCGUUAGAUAUUAAUUAUGAUAAGGUGAUGGGCAUGCGCUAUUUGGAUAUGGUUGUUGCCGAGACGUUACGCAUGUAUCCGAAUAUGUCAAUUUUGGAGCGCGAAUGCACGCCGAUCAACAAGAAGCGUUUCUAUCCUUUGCGACCUUAUGCCGAGUGUUUUGCGCGUCGCGGCAUGCCUGUUUAUGUUUCAACUUUGGCGAUACAUCACGAUCCGGAGUACUGGCCGAACCCAUCACGCUUCGAUCCGGAACGUUUCUCACCCGAGAAUCGCAAAUUACACAUACCCAUGUCUUACCUACCCUUCGGCGCAGGUCCGCACAACUGUAUAGGCGCGGGUAUUGCGCUGGUUCAGAUCAAACUUGGCCUUAUACACUUUCUGCGCACGCAUCGUGCGGAGAUUUGCGAAAAGACUGUUGACAAUAUCGAAUUCGAUCGAAAAUUCUUAUUACUGUCAAGCCAGAGUGACAUCUAUUUGAGUGUCGAGAAGUGUUUGUGAUGUUACUAUCUUCUUAAUGGGUGAGAGGAGUGCGUGGAAUAUCAUAUGUGGUAGUAGAAAUGGAAAUGAUCCGAUCAAAGUCACGAACUUACGUUUAUCACUACUUAACACCGCCAUGCUUGAUAACACAUAUGUAAAUAUAUAUAUAAAUAGAGACCAAAGUAAUUUCGGCCGAGACAGCUUUUGAAAGCAAGUGGCUGGCGGAAAGCUUUCACAGCCGUUCAUCGUACGGCCAGCAAAGCUUUCUUAUACAUAAAUACACAAACAUACAUAUAUAUUUGUUGUCGCUUUUACUGCGUAGCGAAACUGACAUGUACACAUACAUAUCUACUAUAUUUUAUACAAUUCUACGCUCUUUGUUUAUAAUUAAAAUUAUUAUUAGAUUUUUAUAUAAAUUGCUUUUUAAGUUUUAUGAUUAUUAUUAACAGUGCUCAUAUGUAUGUAUUUUUGUAAUUUGUA